AUGUCUAUCAUUAUUCCCAUCGCUGGCGUGGAUGUAUUCGUCGAAAUUGACGGUGACGGUCCUCACAUGAUCAUGACCCAUGGAUUGGGAGCCAGCACGAAUGUGUUCUAUCCGCUUAUGGAGAUCUUCAGCAAGACCCACACAGUGGUACGCAUUGACUGGCCGGGUCAUGGGCACAGUAGUCUGAGCAAUACAGUCGAGAAAGUGACCAUGCCGCUCCUGGUAACCAUACUAGAGAGCGUGAUGAAUCAUCUCACGAUUUCCACAGCUAUACUGGUUGGUCACAGUGCAGGCGGUAUUGUCAGUAUGAUGGUUGCAGCACGCAAUCCAGAUCGGGUGGAUGCCCUUUUUGUCCUCGGAGCUGGCAGGACCAGAGCAGUUGAUAGGCUUUCCAAAAGCUUCACACAGCAACUCUCUCGCGCUGCCCGAUCGAAGGGUCUUCAUUGGCAUGUUGAUGAAAGGGUGGAUUAUAACAUACCUUCGGGAACUGUCGGCCUAUCUCGAGCUCUACUCCGAGCCAUCACCUCUCGAACCGACCCAGAAGGAUAUGCGCAGAUGUGCGAUGCUUUAUGUGACGACACCCAUGUCGAUCCCGACUAUUCGUCGAUUAUCUGCCCUGUUUGCGUGAUAGGUGGCCUGGAAGAUAAUAUAUCUCCCGUUCAUGUCACUGACGAGCUUGUUGAAUUGAUGACAACUUCUGUCAAAACUCCAUCACGGUAUGUGCUCAAUACCGGCCACAUGAUGAUCAUCGAGGAUGUCAAUGGGACCGCUCUGGCAAUUGACGAUGUACUCAAACAACUCCCCUGA